AUGACGGCGAGACUAUAAACAAUCGACGAAACACAGCCUUCAUUUCGUCGAUUUUGCUCCUGCAGUGAUUGUUUUAUUGUGUGGAUUGAAAAUGAGGUGAAAAUAGGGUUUUAUCAGCUCGUUCGUGACCCAAAGGAACUGUGUGAGAUAGUUCUACAAAGUGUUAAGCAAUAAAAAAACAUUAGAUUAGUGUUUUUCUUGAUACUAUUGUCUGAUUUCCCAUGCAGUUCCGUUUGUUUACCUAUUUGUCGUCACAAUAGUAGAUGAUUGUCUCGAAGAAGACUGCAACGCAGCAAAACAGAAGUACGUAAACGUGAAGCUACUAGUCUCAGAUUUGCGGCAUUACCACUUCCAGCACGGUACUCGCUCCGCAGACAGGAACAAAACAAAACGGCCCACAAUUCGCUGGGUGCUGCGGCGUAGUUGAUGAGUACUAUCAAAUACUGGCUUCUGGUAGCGUUCCGGCUGUUUACGCAUUUUUUCAUUUGACAAUUUAACCGCAUCGGGCAGCUAACGUUAGCUAGUGCUUCGGCCGCAACCAGCGGCACUGCUAGUAGCUUCUCGCGGUCAGCAUCGCCCAUCGGCCACUAUUCUCCUGCUUCGAAUCUCACCGAGGUGGUUGUAUGCGAGUCGCAUCACCAACCAUCACAGCAGGCGCAUCAUCAUCAUCAACACCAAAGUAACACCAGCAAGCAUAACUGCAGUGUCGUUGUGUGCGAUAGAAGCAGCAUCUUGAACGGUACCACGAUGUUGGAUCUUGAUCGUAAUCCACUACCGGACCAGCUUGGCUAUCUGGUGCUGUCCGAGGACGGAUCGGUUCAUGCUUCCGGAGGCGAGCUUGAAAACGAUGAGCGAAGUGCAAACAUAAUCAGCAAUCUGCUUACGCUUACAGAAAGCAUCGAUCCAGCCAUAUUCACUGCACGCUCCUGCAGGAAAGUGUCUAUCGUUUUCGCGGACCAUAGUUACACCAUAUGCCUUUCGAACAAACGCAUUUACGUGGUGAAGAAACGGAAUCGGCCCGAAACAUCCGCCAACAGCGGCAUCGAAUCGGAUAAUCAUUCAAUACUAGCAUGAUUUUACGCGCGUCUUUCGGAGUAAAAUAAAUAUUCGAUCGCUUUUGAGGAAGGCUUUACUUUCUA